GUGCCUCCUCCUGGACGGCGGCGGCGGCGGCGGCGCGGGGAGCCGGCGGGCGGCGGCGCGAUGGGGCCCCUCCGGGACAGCAAGAAGGAGCAGAGAGUGCAGCAUCAUGAAAAGGAGAUUUCCAGAAGCCGGAUUCCUCGCCUGAUUCUUCGACCUCACCUGCCCCAGCAGCAGCAGCAGCAGCACAAAGUGUCCCCAGCCUCCGAGUCUCCCUUCUCGGAGGAAGAGAGCAAAGAGUUCAACCCUAGCAGUUCUGGGCGCUCGGGGAGGACAAUCAGCAGCCACAGCUUCUGCUCAGAUGACACGGGCUGUCCUAGCAGCCAGUCGGUGUCCCCUGUGAAGACCCCUUCAGACACGGGCCACAGUCCCAUCGGCUUUUGUCCUGGCAGUGAUGAAGACUUUACCAGGAAGAAAUGCAGGAUUGGAAUGGUUGGAGAGGGAAGCGUCCAGUCAGCUCGCUAUAAGAAGGAAUCAAAGGGAAGUCUCAUAAAGCCAGGUAGUGAAGCGGAUUUUAGCUCCUCCAGCAGCACCGGCAGCAUCUCGGCUCCCGAGGUCCACAUGUCUACAGCGGCCAACAAGCGCUCCUCUUUCUCACGCAAUCGAGGUCCCCACGGACGGAGUAAUGGAGUGCCAUCUCACAAGUCUGGCAACAGCCCACCAUCUCCACGGGAAAAGGACCUUCUGUCCAUGCUGUGCAGGAGUCAGCUGAGCCCCAUAAGCAUCCACCCCAGCUACGCCCCUUCUUCGCCGAGUAGUAGCAACUCAGGCUCCUACAAAGGAAGUGACUGUAGCCCAGUCAUGAGGCGAUCUGGAAGAUACAUGUCUUGUGGAGAAAACCAUGGCGUCAAACCCCCAAAUCCAGAGCAGUACUUGACGCCCCUGCAGCAGAAGGAGGUCGCCGUGAGGCACCUGAAGACCAAGCUGACGGAGUCUGAGCGCCGACUGCAUGAGAGGGAAUCUGAAAUCGUGGAGCUGAAGUCCCAGCUGGCCCGCAUGCGUGAAGACUGGAUUGAAGAGGAGUGCCACCGGGUGGAGGCUCAGCUGGCACUCAAGGAGGCCAGGAAAGAGAUUAAGCAGCUCAAGCAGGUCAUCGAGACCAUGAGGAGCAGCUUGGCUGAUAAAGACAAAGGCAUUCAGCAGUAUUUCGUGGACAUUAACAUCCAGAACAAGAAGCUGGAGUCCCUGCUGCAAAGCAUGGAGAUGGCACACAAUGGCUCCCUGAGGGAUGACCUGUGCCUAGACUUGUGUGAUUCCCCAGGGAAGAGCUUCCCGCUGAGCGCCACAUUUGAGAAGAUGGCAGAUGGCUUAUCUCUGGAAGAGCAGGUCACAGAGGAGGGAGCCGACAGUGAGCUGCUGGGGGGAGACAGCAUGGCCGAUGGCACUGAUUUGUUGGAUGAGGUGGUGACAGCCGCUACCACAGAAUCUGGUGACCUGGAGCUUGUGCAUUCCACACCGGCAGCGAAGGGCCUGGAAGCUCUCCCCUUGGAAGCCAGCCAGGAGGAGAGCAGCGUGCUGGUGGUGGAGCAAGCCGUGCAGACCGACAUGGUGCUGUUCAGCCCUGCCUUCUCUGAGCUCAAGCUGCCCAGCUCCUGUCCCUCCAGCUCAGCAUCGCCCGAUGAUGCAUCCUCCGGAGCUGACUGGAUGGAGAGCUUCCCAGAAUCCAUCUCUGCCUUAAUGGUCGAUUUAACUCCAGGAAGUCCGAACUCAGCCAUCCUCCUGUCUCCCGUGGAGACGCCAUUCUGCAAGGCAGCUAUGGAAACCAGUGCAAACCGCCUCAUGAGAGAGCUGGACUUUGCAUCCUGCGUAGAAGAUAGCAUCCUCUCGCAGGGGGCGGUGUCGAGGCAGUACUGGAGCCGCAGCUUCGUGGUGGAUCUCCUGGCCGUGGCCGCUCCUGUCUUACCCACUGUCCUGUGGGCAUUCAGUACUCAGAGGGGGGGCAUCGAUCCCGUGUACAACAUCGGGGCCUUGCUCCGGGGCUGCUGUGUGCUGGCCCUGCACUCCCUCCGCCGCACAGCCUUCCACAUCAAAACCUAAGUAGAAGUCGUUACCGUGUGCCAAUGUGUCCUGUGUGGCGUGGUGCCAGGUAGAGAAGCAGCAGGUCGAUCUGUGGCAGUCUUGAGUCUGUCGUUUUGCUCCUCGGUAUUUGAUUUGCACUAUAGUUAGUUGAAGCCUGUUCACUGUUUCAAACCAGAGGUUAUCGUCAAAGGCAUGGAGACCCGGUUCUGGUAAACGUCCCACCAGUGUGGUGUAGAAAGCAUGCUCAUACCCCUGCCGUGUCGUCUGAGGUGCCCGUCCUUAUCCUCGUGGUUCAGGAAAAGAAAAUGCAGUUUGCACUUUCACCGCAGCCUCCCUGAGGCUGGCAUGUUAUCUCCUUGCUUUGCUUUGUGCCCUUUAAAAAAAAAAAAAAAAGUGUCAAUGUUCCAGCAUUCCAAUGGUUGUGUGCAUAGCAGGGGGCUGUAACCAAAAAUAAAAGUGUACUUGUGUAACCGGUUCAAAGAAGUCUUGAAUAGCGCUUUAGUGUCUCACUUGGAGUUGAUAAAGUUUGGGUGUUUGAUAUUUUUUACUAAAAGUAGCUGCAAAGUGUUCAAUGGCUGGUGUGUUCUUGAACCUGUUAAUUGAUAAAACUGUAUGUAAAUUUACAAUGUACUAACUUAUUUUUUGCUUAUUACAUAUAGUGUUUUAUUGGAAAUUGUUUGUAGCCACAUACUUCAGCAUGAUGAAAAUAAAGAUUAGUGUUUCCAUUUAAAUAAAUGUUUUAUCUGCCUAUAAAAUGA